CGGGGUUACUGGGAGUACUGUUAAAGCAGGUUGUCAGCGCAUUGCAGCCGAUCCCAGAUGAAAUACUGAGCACAUAUGAGAAAUCGAAGGGGAGCGUUGGUGGCCGCAGACUCCAGCUACUCGAUAUCCUUAAAAUGCUUAUCAAGUCUCUGUCGCGCUUACAGAGGGGGUUUGUCUGUAUAGAUGCUUUGGACGAGUUACCCGAGAAUUCCCAACAAGGUCUUUGGGUUUCUUUACAGAAGAUAGUGCGGGAAUGCCCAAACACCCGGCUAUUUCUCACCGGGAGACCCCACAUACAAGGCAAUGUACGGAAAUACUUUCCCGGAACUGCUUUCCCGGAACUGCUGAGAUGUUGGCGAUAAGUCCGACCGAGCAUGAUAUCGGGUUAUAUGUUGGAGAUAGGCUGAGUAAAGAGUUCGAGAGUGGUGAGAUGGACGAGGAAUUGGCAGCCGAUAUCCACAGAAUUAUUCCGGUAAUCUCGGAAAUAUUUCUCCUUGUCUCUCAGUUUGGGCGCGGUGCUCGCAGAGCCGACCAUUCACCUACGGAAGCGAGCACUUGAUAUGGUGACCAAGGGCCUCAGUUUUGACGGUGUAUACAGCAGGACAUUAGAACGGAUAAGACAGCUAGGUGGGAGCAAGGAGAAGUUUUGAAUAGGAGCGUUAAUGUGGAUUUCCCGUAGUGAGCGGCCCUUGAAAUGGGCGGAGUUAUGCCAUGCCCUGGGGGUAGAAUUACGGAAAGAAUUCAGCGCCCAAAACGUACUUCCGAUACAGACCAUACUGGGCUACACUUUAGGACUUGUCACACUUGACGAACAUACAUCAACGGUCCGUCUCGUGCAUUUCACACUUCAACAGUAUCUUGGAAAAGAUCCCACUCAACUUGUGAGCUCUCACUCGGUGAUGGCGGGAAUCUGCCUCACCUAUUUGAAUUGUCGGUCGCUCUGGGUGCCGCGGCAAAACCUCGAUACACAGCUAGCGAGAGCGCCAUUUCUCGAAUACGCUACUUGUUUCUGGGCAACCCAUGUAACCAGGGCCAAGCUGGUGACUGAACCGGUGGAAGACCAGGCGUU